AUGUUUAAUCAGAAAUUAGUCGUUUCGUUUCAGUGUUUUAGGGAUUCGAUGGUCUGGCAUUCGAUAUUGUUGUACUUGGUUAAGGAUCUACCAAAAUUGGAAAAGGUUUCCAUUACUGAGUUAGGGAGAAGAGGGAAGCUUUCUCUGAGUGGGGAAAAGCUCAUUGAGGUGAAGGAAUGGGUACAACAUUCAGCUUCUGAAGCUGUGAUGACUCAUUUAGAGCUUCCUACUAAAAUAAGUAAUGGUUACAUUUCCGUUUUGAAAUUGCCAGUUUCAGGGUAUGUGAUGAAGGGGAUAUAUUUUUGUGUAAUGAAGAUGAAAGAUCUCGAGGGUGGAAAUGAUGGUGUUAUGAACAAUGAGGAUGCUUCUGCAGAUAAAGAAGAAGCUGUGUAUAAUGAAGCUGUGAUGGAAAUAUUGGAGAAGCAUACGACAUGA